AUGUUGAGCACGAAGUGGUUAGUGUUGUGGUCGCUGUGGGCAGCGCGGCUGGUGCGACAGCCAACGGCGCCGCUGAGCGUGAGUAGUGGGCUGCUGCGCGGGAGCGUCGCGCGAGAUGGCUCGUGUGUCGCCUACCUGGGGAUACCGUAUGUCACUCUUACAGGUGACAGUAGGUUUCAGGCACCAGGUUCAGAACCAAUUUGGGAUGGCACAUACGAAGCUAUUGAAGACAAUGUAAUGUGUCUUCAAUGUCAAAUGAAUCCUUUUACAGGAGAGAUUGGAAAUAAAUCUGUGGGUCAAGAAGACUGCCUAAAGUUAAAUGUCUACACACCUGCGUUCCCUUCACACUCCAUGUUGCCUGUCAUGGUGUUUAUACAUGGCGGAGGCUUCAUAGAAGGCUCAGGCAUACCUUUACUCUACGGACCAAACUAUUUAGUGCCUAAAGGAGUCAUAUUGGUUACGUUCAAUUACAGGCUAAACCUACCAGGAUUUCUCAAUCUAGGAAUAAAAGAGGCUCCUGGUAACGCUGGAAUGAAAGACCAAGUGGCAGCCCUCAGGUGGGUUCAGAAGAAUAUUAAAGCUUUCGGAGGAGAUCCAGAUAAUAUCACAAUUUGCGGCGAGAGUGCUGGCGGUGCCUCGGUGUCUUACCACUUGCUGUCUCCAAUGUCCAAUGGACUUUUCCACAAAGCCAUCACCCAGAGCGGUUCUUCUCUAUGUCCGUGGGCUUUGCAAGCGAACCCAGUUCACAAUGCUCACCGAAUAGCAAAAAGUUUGGGUUACGAUACGGAAGACCCUCAUGAGUUGUACAAGAUUUUGAACAAUCUGCCGUUACCUGAUCUAGUUAGUAUGAAGUUACCAAAAGAUUUAAGACAAACAAUAUUUUCUGAACUCAUUUACGCCCCUAGUAUUGAAAAGAAUUUUGAUGGAGUUGAAGCUUUUCUGACAGAAGAACCAUACCAAUUAUUAACGAAGGAGAAUUAUACCAAAGUACCAUUAAUUAUAGGAUCAACAAAUGAAGAAGGUUAUUUCUUCAUAGGUGUAGAUGAUGCGGUAGUAUCUAAAUCUAUCCUCGAUUUUAAACUCGCAUUGCCUAAUAAUGUUGAAUUUCCAUCAGAGGCAGAGAAAAAACGAGUUGCUAGAGAAAUUAGAAAAAUGUACAUGGGUGAUGAGCCUGUAUCAAAGUCGCCCUCAGCAACUAUAAAACUUUCAGGAUACUACGGGGAUCCAUUCCUAAUUUACCCGUCUUUGGCAGAGACUGAGUUAUUACUUCAGUCAACUGAUAAACCUAUCUACAACUACUUUUUCAAGUACAGUGGCUGGAGGAACGUGGGCAAAGCCUUUGCGGGAAGAAAUUUUCUGUCGGAGCCGGGAGCGACGCAUGCAGAUGACUUGUUUUAUUUGUUUCAUCAGCCCUUCAUGUCAUGGUUGGCAUGGUUUGACAAGGAAAUGAUAGAGAAAAUGACGACUUUGUGGACUAAUUUUGCAAAGUACGGCGAUCCAACCCCUGUAACCUCAGAGCUCCUGCCGCAGCGCUGGCUUCCCUCGACGGCCGCAGACCCUCAGGCCUUUGUGCUGGAUCGAGAGCACUCCACCGUCCCUCUGUGGUUCAAGGAGUCGCUCAUAGUAUACUGGAGGGACUUGUACUACAAAUAUAGGAGAAAAUGAUUGUUGUUUUGGUUCUUAUUAUAGAUGAUUAUAAAAAUUAGAUUUACUUUGUUAAAGUUACCUGUGGAGAAACUGUUGCUAAAUAAAUGUGCCAUUUGAUUGGCUCACAAAAGCUGUGUGAGUAUGAAAAGAUAAAAUAAAUGAAAAAUGGCACCGCUUCACAAUGAGAUUCACCGUUAUUUAGUUCAGACAUACCGUACUACUAAAAAGCUAAUUUCAGCACAUUUUGUGUGUAAACGUGACCUUCUGAUUCAAAUUUAACUUAACAGACUAGCCAAAGACAGGCGUGGCUCACUCCGCGAUUUCGUCGCUUUGCUACAGGUAGCUAAAAGCCCAUCCGUUCGACCCCAAUUGUGGGGUUUGCCAUAAGCCACGCGUGGCGCAGUCGUCACCUAGCGGCCAUAUCUGUGCUGAUCGUGACAGACGCGUUUUGUUAGAGAGUGAGACUUCUGUACCUAGUACUAUUAUUUAUUCCGUGCCAAAGAUAAGAAUACCUACUUACUACAGCCGUAC